GCGGCACUGCCCAUGGUUUCCGAUCUGUUCUAAGCACCCUCAACGGCAUGUGAUCUUUGUUUACUUGGAGCAGGUAGCCAGCUACCCUGUUGCCCCAGUCAUAUUAGUAACAGGUAGUCUCAGCACUGUUGCAGCAACAAACACAAACCAGCCUCUAGCUCCUAGGUCCGGUUCAUUGCUUGCGAUAGAUUGCAAAUCCCUGUGUCACUGCAACUACUGCUCUCCAGGUCUCUGGAGUAGCCCGGCACUUGGUUGUGGACGUUGACGAGGCGCGUCUCCUAGCCGCCCGCUGCUCUGUGGCCAUCACGCCUCCACAAUCCAAACCUCAGUUCCGCGCCAUAAACCGCACCAAACCAAACACGGCAGAGACUACGACACGAGCCAUACUCGCCCCUCUCGCCAUCGCCUUCACAAGACCACAAACACGUACGCGCGCGGUGCACCGGGAACCCGUCCAACGCUACCAACAGCCCAUGGAUGACGUGUGGCCGUGGCUGGCCUCCCUGCCCGCUCCUCCUCCCGCGGCCGAGCCCGACGCACCGCCUCCGCCGCCGCCGUGGUCACUCCAGCUCGCCUCCUCGCCCGACGGCCCCUCCAUCGUCCUGCAGGCGGACGCUGCUACUACUGCCGACGGCGAUGACGGCAGCGAGCCCGCGCCACUCGUCGCUUUCUCCCUCGCCAUCAACGGCGCCGGCGCGGCGAGCGCGCUGUGGACGUCCGACGGCUUCGCGGUGUCGUCGCCGGUGCCGGUGCGGCUGCAGCUGCUGGUCCAGCUGCUUAACGACGUGCUUGAUCGCUCGCCGUACGUGCCUUGCCUGGGCGCGAACGCCGUUGAGUUCGCCGGCGUGGACGCGUCGUCCGAGGCCAGGGUGGACGCGGAGGUCGUCUCCGCCGUCAUGGGAGCGGCGGGCACCGACGCCUUCGCGGCCUUCUUCUCGCUGGCUCUCCUGUUGCGGCUCUUCUGGCUGUGCGCGCUCGACGCCCCCGCGGACGCCGGCUACCUCUUCUUCCGGGACCUCGGCGCCGGGAUCGAGCGCGCCCUCGGCGCGUGCCGCCCGGCGCUCGCCGCGUUCCUUUGCUUCGUUGGCCCGGACGUCGAGGAGCGGUUCAUGCGCUCGCUCGGCUACAUGCUCGCCAAGUGGUGCCUGCUGCGGGAGAUGCAGGCCGCCACCGGGUCAGCGGCCAAGGCGGAGGUGCCGCGCCGCCGUCGCGCGCUCCCCGCCGCGUGCCUGUCGUACGCUGCCGAGGCGCACGGGCUCUGGGUCCUCAAGGGCUACGCGCCCGUGCUCGCCAUGGCGCGCGUCACGGCUGCUGCGUCCACGUCCAUCACCGCCUCGCCGCACGAGGUGCCCGAGGAGCCGGCGCUGCGGUACGGCCUCGUGCACCAGCAGCUGGAGGCCGUGGUGCAGCUGGAGUACGCGGUGCGGGUGCGCGACGGGAGGUUCCUCGCCGUCUCCGUGCGCGUCGACAACGUCCGGGUGCGCGUCGCGCGGCUCGCGUUCCGGAAGGACGACGAGGACGCGGGCGGCGGCGCCACCGACGACGACGCCGAGGACGCCGGCGACGACGUCAUGGACGGCGAGCGCCAUUUCCCGUCACGCAUCCGGCUCUGGGUCGGCCCGCGGUUCGGCGCGUCCUACGCCACCGGUCCGAGCCUCGGUCGCUCCACGGGGAACCCGGAACGCGACGUCGAGAUGACGCGCACCAUCAAGGGCGCCUUCUCCGGCGCCACCAAGCUCGCCAACGGCAACGUCAACGCGCCGAGAAUGAAGGCCAAGAUGCGGUCGUCGGCGCGGACGCGCAGCCGGAGCUGGCGGUGGGAGCAGGAGGCCGAGGGCAGCGCCGGUUUGUUCGAGGGCGUGCUGUACGACCCGGUCACCGGGACGGAGGUGUCGGCGUGGCGCCCGGGCACUGGCGGCAGCGGAGCAGCCGACCCACGGAACGGCAUGCGGCGGCGGUACGGCGGUCCCGGGCGGGCGUUCAGCAAGAUGCGGGGGCUGGUGGUGGCCGGCGACGAGCUGCCGGAGGAGAUGACGUGGAGGGUGGGGAGGGAAGAGGAAGGCAGGACCCUGCGGUGGCGCCUCGGGCUCAAGGCGUGGGUGAGCUACCUGCCCAACGAGGUGAGGAGCCGCCACUUCGAGACCAGGUGCGCCGAGUGGGCGCACGAGGUGGAGCUGCCGCUUGUCCCCAUUAAUGGCGACGAGAGCUGAGGAUUGAUCGGACUUUCACCUCUCCGGUCGCUUGUUAGCAAUGUAGCAGAGACUGUAGAGUAGAUACGUAUACUGUAACAAUGAAUCCCUCCGACUUACUCAUGUCCGCAUACAGACAGAGGUCGAUGGAUAAAAAUUCAAAAGAUAAAAUGAUAAUAUACAGUGUAUGGCUUUUUAUAAGAACGAAGCCGCAUACUUUUCA